AGAGAAAGGUGUGUGAAUGUGCUCUCUGCUGUUAUGAACCGGGGCAAGAGAAGAUCUGCGCCGGUAGAGCCUACGGAUCUGACGAGCCGAACAAAUGGCGACGCACCGAAAAGAAUACGUUUGCAAGCGCAUCGAAAAUUCGCCGAAGGUGUACCAAUCCCGGGCCGCCAGUGCAGUGAAUCCUUUGUACGUCCGGUCGACGUAGAUUAUUUUCCCAAAAACGCCCGUUGUUCAGCCUUGAGCGGCGGCGACGUUUUAGCCGCCAAUUCGCCCGAAAACAGCCGUGAUGCCGAUGCAUUGGAUAUCAUUGCUCCGUCGGCUGAAGCAUUCUGCGCAUACAUUCUUUACGAUGGUGAGUCAUGAUG